AUGGCUCCGUCGCAUCCGCCUGUCACCACUUAUUUCAUUGUGGAUAAUCUUCAUUGCCCGACAUGUGUCUCUGCCAUAAAAGAGACCUUACAAGACGUCGAAGGUGUAGGAUGGGUAUCGCCUAACAUUGUCACUAGCUGGGUCGCGAUCGAGCAUGAUCCUAAGGUAACUCCGAACGAUAUGUGGUCGAAAUUGGAUUCUGCCGGUUUCGAUAUCUCUGGUGUUGGCUCGACAAAUGGCGACGUGUCCUUGGCUGAGUUAAGACGUGGGGAUCACUCUAACGGUCUCCAUCGCUCAGAUACACAUUACUCAUUAGAUCUUGGUGAACGAACAACCCCUUGGGGUAAGAUGGUUAAGCUAUCAGAUAAGCUAUCGGAGAAGAUUCUACCCAAGAAAUCGUCGACGUCAACGUCGAAGGCUGAUAGGGAGAGAAAGCAAAAGGAGCAUCUCAAGAAUUGUGAGGAAUGUCGAACCAAAGCAUCGAAAGCACCAAAACCCACUACAAUUAAUACCAUACCCUCUGGAACAUCGUCUAACACGCGCAAUGGUCAGACAGAGGAUGAACAUGCUGAUGAUGAGAAGUCAACUAAGGGGCUGGUCACGUCAGUCCAGCCCCUUGAGAAUGAGAAGAAUGUCGAAUCCGAGUCUCCCGAUAAUGUUGGGCACCGAUGGAGAGUUUCGAUGACUAUAUCAGACUUGGUGUGUAACAGUUGCGUGGUUACCCUUACCGAUAUUCUCAAGAAGAGACACUGGAUCACUAAAAUCUCCAUUGACUACAUUUCCGACAGUGGAGUCUUCGAAUAUAUCGGUACCAAAGAAGAUGCCAAGCAAAUCGUUGAGGCAAUCGAAGACACAGGAAGAGAUGCCGAAAUCGUGCAGAUUACCAAUGUCGAUCGCAGUAACAACCUUACCAAUGAGAGAACUGUUAGGAUACGCAUUGACGGUUUCUACUGCGAACAUUGCGCUGAUCGAGCUACGAACAGUCUCGGAGGGCUUCCUCGAAAUCUCAAGAUUGAGAAGAGGCCUACACGCGAGCAACCUAUCUUAAAGGUCACCUACACUCCAGUAGGACCCAAGUUCACCAUCCGACAGAUCCUCUCUGUUAUUGAAGCAAGUGAUCCGGCAUUCAAAGCAUCAAUCUUUCAUCUGCCUACACUCGAAGAGCGUUCGAAAAAACUGCGGGCGGCUGAACGAAAGAAGAUCGGCAUUCGUGCCUGGUUCACAACAGCCGUCGUGAUUCCUACGUUCAUCAUCGGCGUUGUGUACAUGAGUCUUGUGCCUGAUCACAAUCCCUCGAAGAUGCUUCUCAUGGAAGCUUGGAAACCCGGAAUAAGCCGAGCACAGCUUUCUCUGUGUAUCAUGGCAACACCAGUGUACUUUUUCUCCGCCAAUCUAUUUCAUCGGCGUGCGAUUUUAGAGAUUAAGGCAUUGGAGUUCCUCCAACGAUUCUACCGAUUUGGUAGUAUGGAUAUGCUAGUCUCGCUAGGAACUACGAUCGCCUACGUUUCGUCGAUAAGCCAGAUGAUUGCCGCUGCAGUGGAGCGCCCCAAAAUGGUCAACGACGCAAAUUUCUACUUCGACUCGGUCGUGUUCUUGACAUUUUUCUUGCUCUGGGGUAGAUUCAUUGAAAAAUACAGCGAAUCAAAGUUGGGAGAUGCUGUAGAUGCUCUCACGAAGCUUCGCCCCACUACCGCCAAGCUCAUCGAGAAGGUCACGGACACGGAUGAGAAAGAAAAGGAAGUCAACGUCGACAUGCUUGACGUUGGAGAUAUCAUCCGUAUCCCACGCGGUGCGUCGCCUCCUUGUGACGGAAAGAUCGUAAGCGGCGAAUCCAAUUUUGAUGAGUCUAGUCUUACGGGAGAAUCAUUCCCUGUAUCAAAGGCCGCCAAUGACGAUGUCUUUGCAGGAACUGUCAACAUGGACCGCCCCGUCUUAGUUCAGAUCACUGGUACCGCUGGUCAGUCGAUGCUCGAUCAGAUCGUAGCUAUUGUGAGGGAAGGCCAAGCCAAGCCCUCUCAGAUCCAAGAUUUGGCCACUCGACUUACCAAGUACUUUGUGCCCUUCAUUACCCUAAUUGCCAUUGUCACAUGGCUCAUCUGGCUAGUACUUGGUCUUUCUGGUGUGAUACCAGGACAUUUUCUUGACGUAUCAUCUGGUGGUUGGGUCGUAUUUUCACUUCAAUUUGCCAUUGCCGUAUUUGUCGUCGCCUGCCCAUGUGGCCUCGGACUUGCUGCUCCCACAGCAAUAUUCGCCGGUAGUGGAUUGGCCGCCAAAUAUGGCAUACUUGCCAAGGGUGGAGGUCAGGCUUUUGAGAAAGCGAGCCGGAUUGACUGUGUGGUCUUCGAUAAGACUGGUACUCUCACCAUGGGCGGUCAACCCACGAUCACUGACUCUACGAUCUUCCCCGACCAAGAAGUCAGCGAAUCGCAGAGCAACACACUCUUAGCUGCACUCCGAGCCGUUGAGGAUAACAGCGGUCAUCCUAUCGCAAAGGCUAUUGUGUCCUGGUGUGCAAGCCAAACACUUGAACGUGUUGAAGUUACAGAUGUUCAGGAAAUACCAGGAAAGGGUUUGAAGGCGACUUAUAACGCCGGCAAGCCACUCCAGCCAUUUGACAUCGUCGUCGGAAAUGAGGCAUUAAUGAAUGACUUUAUGGUUGAUGUGACUCUAGGUGUUGCGACAAGCCUUCAGACUUGGAAGAAAGAAGGCAAAUCAAUCGCAAUUGCCGCUAUUAAGGGUGCGAACAAACCCGGCACAUACAGAAUCGCGGCCGCGCUCGCAAUCACCGACCCUAUCCGACGCGAAACCCCCGCCGUGAUCCGAGCUUUACAAUCAGCAGGCAAAGACGUAUGGAUGCUCUCGGGCGAUAACCCGACAACAGCAAAGGCCGUCGCCCUCCGCAUCGGCAUCCCCGACCUCAACGUCAUCGCCGGCGUGCUACCUACAGAGAAACACGAGAAGAUCAAGUGGCUCCAGCAGACGCUCAAAGCGCGCAAAGGAAACGUCGAACUCACCAACCGCCGCGCAUUCAUCGCAAUGGUCGGCGACGGCAUCAACGACACAGCAGCGCUCAGCACCGCCGACGUGGGUGUAGCCAUCGGAUCAGGCAGCGACGUCGCGAUUUCCAGCGCGGACUUCGUCCUCGUAAACAGCAACCUCGAAUCGAUCGUCACCCUCCUCGACCUCAGCAAGGCCGUCUUCCGCCGCAUCAAGUUCAACUUCGCCUGGGCCCUCGUCUAUAACCUCCUCGCCGUCCCUAUUGCCGCUGGCUGCUUUUACGCUCUUACCGUUAAUGGUCAGCAUGUCAGACUCCCCCCCGUCUGGGCUAGUCUUGCUAUGGCGCUUAGCAGUAUUAGUGUUGUUAUGAGUAGCUUGGCGCUGAGAAGUGGGAUCCCGGGGUUGGGGUUUAGGGUAGCCCGAUACGAGAUCACACCUAUUCUCCCCUUCAACGCCAAUACACGGCGUCCUCGUCAUCAUCAUCCCUCUUCUCCCCGUUACUAA